AUGGGGCCCUUGCUCUUCUUCCCCUUCUCCCCUCUUCUCUCUUCCUCUAUUGUUCUCCAUAAUCGACUGCUUCCUCUCUGUCUGUGUUUCCUCCCCCUGUUUGUCCUGAUGGGUGUUACCAGCGCCGCUUCUACCACCAGCAAAUGCGAUUCUGGCGAAAAGUACUGGUACUGCAGCCAGUGGUCCGGCUGCUGUGAUUACAACCCGUGCAUCCCAGGUGACCGCUGCAUCUUUCUCAACAUGAAAACAUCCUUCGCCGAGUUCAUCACAGAGAGCGAGCAUCAAACCAAAACCGGCAUGAUCACGAGUACCAUAACCCGACCGACCACUACAGCCGACGAGGACUUGGAAUGGUCGACCAUCUCAAUCGAAGAAUCGGCACAGACAGAUGACGAGACUGCGACAGAGACAGAGAUGAAGGAAUCAGCUUCAAAGAGCAUGACCGACUCGGGCACUACCCGCACGAUCCCAAACCCGAACAAGGUCACCGUCACCAAGCACACUCUCAUCAUUACCGACAGGACACCGAGUUUCUUGCCCGAGGUCAGCACCAGCACCUCUUCUUGGGUCGACGAAGGCACCUGGCCAACAUCUGGAAGCACUGGCAUAGGUCCCCCGGCUCAGACGAACGGGUCAGAUCCCUUUGCUGGAGAUGAGGGUGACAGUCCGCUCCCGACAGGUACCAUCGUCGGAGCAGCUGUUGGUGGUGCCGCUGCCCUGGCCAUCUUGGCCGUUCUGGUCUUCGCUCUCCUUCGACGUCGAAGACUCAACCAGGACAACUCUGGCAUGGCCGAUGGUGGUGACAGUAAUGGCGAAAAGAAUCAGUGGCUGGGCUAUGGCGUCUCUCCCCAUACCACGGGGACUCGAGAGGAUCACGAUCCCUUUGCACCUUUUGGAGGACGGGCUGACCGAACGGAUGAUCCUUUCCGGCCACCGAGCAACACAUACGAGAUGGAUGGGACCAGCAACGUCCCAGUUGAGCUUCCUGCAGUCAAGUUCAGUGACGCCAGAGAAGAUCCUCGUCCACAAUUUCACCCACGGGCUCAACCACAGGCUCGCCCCCAGUCACGGUCUCAGUCUCAGUUUCACUCAACAGGCUCCAUGAGCGCCACGCCUUCUUCAUACGGGCAUCCCGUUCAGCCUGCAGGUCCUGUCGAUCCGCGAGCCAAUCUCAAUGCCUCGCUGAGAGAACGGCAGCAGCACACAUAUGUCAACCAUUGGAACCAGUAUCGGGCUCUGGGUCAGGAUGAGCGUUAG